UGCCCAACAAGAACUUCAUAAUUAAAAACAUUAAAUAAUAUUGCUAGAGGUUUAAGAAUGGGGAUUUGGGUUAAGGGAACAGUGAUGGAGCACAGUGAGAAGGGUUAGAGGAGGAGUGUUGGAUUGAACUGUAGGUGUGACAGGUCAGAAGAGGUUGAGGAAUUGCAGAGAUUUCUUUUUGUCUGUGCCUCUUCUAUCUAUUGCCUUAAAUGUCCGAGUCUGUCCAUUAACUAAUUUCAUGGAGUUUUUCUCCUCCCCCACAUUAUUCUUGAGGGCCUCCUUCAAAGACUGCAGAUGAUGCUGGAUGUUGGACGUUUCCUGGUUCCAUUGUUUCUGUUGGAUUUCCAGGCUUCUCUGGAGAUGUGAGAAGCUGCGUGUGGCAGGUAACUGGAGAUGCGACAGGCACUUUGGUAACUGGCUCACAUACUUUGGGAGCUAGCUCAUAGGAGUUGUGGCAGUCACUGGACCAUGUGGAACAGGAACUGCUGCGGGUACUUCUGAAGCUGCACCAGUGGUGUGAACUUCACUAUGGCAGGCUCCCGUUAGCUGCAAAAAGCUCCGCUGCGGCAGAUCCUGACGGACGGACCAAGGGUGGACGGACCGACCGACUGUCUGAUGGACAUAACCCGACGUGACUGAAGACCACGGAAUACUCGCAGGCUGAUGAUGAUGAUGUCGGAGAAUUUGGAGCUGACUGAUGAUGUUAGUGUCCUGCCCCCCCAUGAAGUGGAGUCCCCCAGGGAAGAGGACGGACAUUGCCCCUUGCCCUUCAGACUACAACUGAUUGACGAUUUAACCUACGAAGAUGUGAAGAAGUGUUACAGAGGAUCAACAGUCAGCAAGUACAACUCUCAGUACCACAAACUGUUCCAGACUGUUCCUAAAGAAGAGAUCCUGAUGAAAGUGUAUUCAUGUGCAUUGUUAAGAGACAUCCUUCUGCAGGGACGACUGUACAUCUCCAGGAACUGGCUUUGCUUCUACGCAUACUUGUUUGGUAAAGACAUCAAGGUUUGCAUACCAGUAGUGUCAGUUCGACUGGUGAAGAAACACAAGACAGCUGGCCUAGUGCCAAAUGGCUUGGCAAUCACUAUGGAUACAGGACAGAAGUAUGUGUUUGUGUCCCUGCUGUCUAGAGACAGUGUCUAUGACGUUCUCAGGAGGAUCUGCACUCACCUCCAGGUGAAUGGGAAAAGCCUGAGUCUAAAACAGUACCUGGAAGAGCCGAGCUCUCUGUCUAUGGAUGAGUAUCCAGAGGUACUGAAAUGGAGGAGAAAACCAUCUCUCCCUGCUGUCUCCUCCUCCCUCCCAGACUUGCUUGGAAAUUCUACCCCCAGCCUUGCUACUGAUACACCCUUCAUCACUCACACACUCACUGAUAGCAGUUUGGAAACAGAGAAGAUCCUUCUGACAGAGCCAGUACCUGAACUGGGCCACAUGGAGUACCACCUUCUGAAACUAUUCAUUCUACUUGUCUUCCUGCUGGUCCUCUCAUCCUGCUAUCUAGCCUUCAGAGUUUGUCGUCUAGAACAGCAGCUCAGCUUCCUGAGCAGCCAACCAACACUGAGAGAGAGGUGUGGAGAGGUGCCCUGCUGGCUGGCAAAUCAGAAGACAGGAACCUGAUGCUAAGGACAAAAUUUCCAGUCAUAUAAAGUUCCUAUUAGAGUGCGAUGGUGAGAGGAGAUGACUCUCAGGAGGAGCCAGACAACUGUAUCAGCCAUCAAUGAUGAAACGCAGACUUUUGGACCUGGUUACCAUAGUGAUGUUACAAUAGUCAACGCAAAUAGUAGGCUAAUGGUUGAAAUAUGUGAGUGGACAUGCAGAAGUAAGACAUAGGUCAUAGGUGUAAAGAAAUGACAACAUGCAGUAAAAUACAGCACUGAGCACCAGGAGCUUCAGAUGUUUGGAUUAUUUCCUAUCACACAAUAAGACAAAUACACAGCUAGGGUCAUGAAGAAUGAUCUUCAGCCACUGGAAGAACUAGGAGUCCUGCAACAGGUGGUGUGACUCCCACAGAGCCCUGAUCUCAGCAUCAUGGAGACAGAAGACACAGAGACUACUGAAAUCCACAGAAUGACUGACGCAAGUUCUUUCUAGUUGGUUGAAAAACAUACCUGCCAGUUCAUCGUGUGACAUAUAGUCACACCAAAUGUUUACUCUUAUGAAGGUAACUGAUUAGUAAAGCAUCAUUACUUCACACUACUGUCUAAAAUGUUUACACAUUACUGUAAAUGAGUUGUAGAUUUAGCGUGUGCCAUAUAACACCCAGACAGGCAAAAAAACUGACAUAGCCAUAUAUAUGUUAAUAUGUAUCUAGUCCAAUGUAGUGACAGAUCCAUACAGUAUGUGAAUAUGUUUUGGGGAGGCUGUAGUUAACAUUGUAAGGUUUGUAAUUUUUUUGUAUUUUUUUUUUUUUUUAAAAAUAUUUCUAAAACUCUCACCAGUGGUGGACUGUGACACAUACAUUUACUGGUGUACUGCACAGGUACACAAAUUCUAUGUACUUUUAUUUUAUUUGAGUAUUCUUUUUCAACACAGAGUGAAAUAAUGUAUCUAUUUGACUGUUACAGUCACUAGUUAUUUAAAUAAAUAAAAUGAAGAGAUUGGGUAUUUUUAAUCUUCUGAGGAACUUUGUGAAGAACUUUUAAAACAGAAUGCUUUGUGAAAGAUUUAACUACCAAUGAUAUACAACAUCAUAUUUAAUUAAAUGAGUUUUGACUGUUGGUUAUUAAGGUGAUUUUGGGCUCUGGCUCUUCUCACUCUUACAUUUUAUUAACUAAAUAGUGAAGGCCUUGAUCAAGAAGAAGAUUAGUACACAAGGGCCAUUCCUCUGCAGUACAUUACAUACAUUAUGAUCACAGAUUUAUUUUUCAUUGCUGGACUUAAAGAUCAUUUUUAUGCCUUGCAAUAUUUUUACAGUGUGGCAUUACAGCAUUUGGAUGAGUAGUCCUCACACUGUGGCCAAUAUUUGGUUUUGGUUAUGCUUUCACAAUGGUAUAACUUCAGUGACGUCCUUCAUUAUCAGGAAGUGAUGUUAGCGUGUUCACAAUGAACAUGAACAAAUCGGCCACCGUCUACAUGACACCAAGGUCAGGUAGAGAAGCUUGUUCAGUGACAGGCUGCUACACACAACAGGUUAAGGCAGUUGUUUGUCCCUCAGGCCAUAAGACUCUACAACGCCUCCCUGUGAGGAAACAACUGGACUGUGUUCAUUUACUGCCAAUACUGCAUACUUUUUACACAGCAUAAUAUAUUCAUAUUAAUAACAUUAAUAUCUUUCAAAUCUUUUUCUAAACGACUUGACACAAAAAUACAAUAAGGUAAGAUAGUUAAAUAUCCCUGUGUGGUUAAUUAAGGUUAUAUAAAAAAAAAAAAACAAAAAAAAAACAGAUUCUGCCUGGUCUCAAACCAGGAACCUUCCACAUGUGAGGCAGACGUGAUAACCACUACACUACAGAAACUCAGACCACAACAAGAACUAAGAAAAAGACAAUGGGCUGUAUUGAAUGAUGAUUUAUCAGACAGAUUUCAGUUUGUCCAUGUCAAGAUUCUUAUACAAAAGUUAUGAAACCUUACAGGUUUCAGUGUUAAGACCAAUUUUAUAGUAUUCCCUUAAGCAGUAUUAUGAGGAAACACUGCAUACAUUUCCAUUUCUAUGCAGAUGAUGAUGUGCUAUGUUUAUUUAUGAAGAUGGGUGACACAACUACAGCCCCCAGCCUGACAUAAAAGUCUGGAUGGAAUAUCCUACAAAAUUUAAAUUACUGUAUUUGGCCAUAAACAACCAGAACACAUCCUCUGACCCCCAUAUGAAAUACCUGUCUAGGACUGACUUUCAUUUAUACAAAAUUAUAAAAAUUACAAUCAUGUAUCAAAGUGAUGCUGAAAAACUAGUUCAUGCAUUCGGUACUUGAGGGCUUGAUCUAUUUCAUUAGUAUUAGGAUAUCAAGAUGACUGUCUUAAAUAUCCUGUGGCAGAGCAUUGACAGGAAUGAGCAAAAGGGAGCAUAUUCUUCCAAUUUAAGCUCAUUGGCUCAUUGGCCAGGAAAUCAAGAACACAAUUUAGAAAUCUAAAAUAUAAUCAGUAUGAGAGUACCAGUUUACUUGUGUAUCCUGCAGUACCAUACAGUAAGCUUUAUCAAAACGAGCAAACACAACUGAUGGUCUUAAACACAGUAAGAAAGCAAGAUAUUCCCUGUUAUGUUAAAAAAAAAAAAAAAAAAAAAAGGAAGUCUGUUAAGAAUCUGCCAAUGUAGAAAUAUAAGAUAUUAAUAUGAGAUGUCAUUUGUUUUGUUUCCAGUUUUUCUCACCACAUACAUUCGAUUUGUGUCAUAUAAUUUUAUUAUACAAUGUAGAAAGUUGGUAAAAUAAAGAAAAAUCCUAUGAUGAAACUAAUGACUCGCAUCAUGUAAUCACGAUCUAUAGCGUCAAUGUUUAACAUUGCUUUAACUUUCAGUAUCAGUCCCAAAAAAGAACACCGUGAUGUGACUCAAGGACAGCAGUGAACACGUCUGUUCACAUAAGAAACCUAAUGAUACAGACACUAUGCCUGGUUUUUAAUGACAUCAAAGGGUAUUGGUUGCUCUUCAGACAUUCUUCUCGUCUUGUUCACUGCAUUUCUACUUUUCUGUCCUGUUUUUCACUCCCCCGUUCUCUUGUCCUUUCAUUUAUGUAAUUUUCGUAUUGCUUUCUGUGUUCCCCUUUUGUCCUUCUAAUAGCUGUUUUUUUUUUUUUUUUUGUUUUAUCCCAGUAAUAUGUGACUAUUUUCAUGUUAAUAAAAAUAAACUGCCAUUAUAGGAA